GAUUUUUCCUUCUCUUUCUCACCUAUUUUGGGGUUUUCCCCGCUUUUUCACUCCGGCUCGAGGCGCAUUGAUGCCGCCUUGAAUGCUCUUCGCCCCAUGGGGUUCAAAAGAGAAGGCGGUUCGGAGGACCACGGCUAACAUCCUCAAGUACAAAUGUUACUGGUGCCACCAUCUGGUAACUCCAUGCUUUGCGAAGGAUGUCCAGCAAGAAGAUCAAUGUGCAGUCCAAGCUGACUUCUUACCUCCAUUAGAUCUCCAGUGUUCUUUCUCCAGAGAGUCAUUCUGUAAUAAUUCACCCUUCCCACAAGAACAGCCUGCCACCAGUGGACAUUCUGCCUUGCUGUGCGAGCCACCAAAAUUCAGGAGGCUUGAUUGAAACACAAGUCCUCUCACCCCAAAUAACCUCAGCAGAACACUCCACAUUCACAUGUACAUUCCAUUUCUACGCAGCACAAACUGUGUUAUGGUUGGAUUAACAGUGAUGAUGAGGGAGAUCUUGUUUGCUAAGCGUCAGCUGCCUGCCAAUCUGCAGAAAGUCACCAGUUAGUUUCAAGUAGCAAUAGGAAUGAAAUGUGGAUAUGUUUGGUAACGUAAACCUUUUCAAUUUUUUUUCCUCAUCUUGUUACUGCAACAUUGUCGUUGUGUGUAUCUUCCAUAACUAAUAUAUCAUACAUUUAAAU